AUGAGGUUAAUUUCUGCCAAGAGGUUCACUAAGGAUGGUAAAAUCCGCUUCAAAGAGUUUUACCAAAACAACAUCCCCUCCUACGCAAUCCUCUCGCACACCUGGGAAGAUGGCGAGGAGGUCACCUUUGAGGACUGCAAGUCGCCUCUCGCCAAAGAUAAGAAGGGGUACAAGAAGAUCCAAAACACAUGUAGACUUGCGACAGGCGAUGGCAUCGAAUACGUAUGGAUCGAUACAUGUUGCAUCGACAAAUCUAGCAGCGCCGAGCUGACAGAGGCGAUAAACUCAAUGUACAAGUGGUACCAGCAAGCAAAGGUGUGCUACGCUUAUCUGUCAGAUUUGCAAGGCGGAAAAUUGGAAAAGUGCCGAUGGUUCAAUCGUGGUUGGACCUUGCAAGAGCUCAUUGCUCCCAAGACUAUCCAGUUCUUUGAUCGAUCUUGGAAGAAUGUUGGCGACAAGAUGAGCCUCCUCGAGCAGCUCUCAGCAAAAACCAAGAUCGACGCCGGUAUACUGAGCCAUAAAAUUCCGCUGUCUUCAGCUUGCGUUGCGAAGCGGUUCUCUUGGGCUGCCGAGAGGGAGACAACCCGAGAUGAAGACCUGGCCUAUUGCCUCCUAGGAAUCUUCAACAUCAACAUGCCUAUGCUCUACGGGGAGGGACGCAAGGCGUUUACACGGUUACAAGAAGAGAUCAUCAGGACUACCAACGAUUUGAGCAUAUUUGCUUGGACCUGGCGCCGCAGCUGGGACGGGCGCCCCUAUCUCAGCUUCCUCGCUGAGGGACCAGGGGACUUUGCUUGGUGUUCAAAUAUUACGCUGAGGACAGAUCCAUUGGUCAAUGAAUACCAAAUGGCCAUCACAAACAAAGGCAUUCAUAUGCAAGGACCUCACUGGGUCUCGGAGUACAAGGAUGGCGCUAUCCGCUAUUCCCUUUCACUCCAAUGCACCGAUGAGCAAAACCGACCUAUUCUCAUCCCUAUGCGCAAGGCCGGGCCAAACAUUUUUAUGAGAGCGGCCAAGUCGGGAAGAAUGGACUUGAGCCUCGGCAUCACGAGUUCUUAUCCAAUCAACUCCAAGUCUUUUACUCUGCUCACGAGGUUACCGCGGGAGCAGCUAACAUCUGGAAGCCUGGUCUCCAUCUUUCGUCACGUCGCCGUCGCCGUCGAGUUUCCGUCCGACGUCCCGAGAUUGAGCGUGCAAGGAAUACCCCAGAAGAUUUGGGAUGUAGAAGACUCUGUUCUUUUCAGUCCUGAUGACGGGGUGCGACGUUGGGGCUGCCUCAGGCCGGCGGCGAUGAACGGCGAGAUGUUGGUGUGUUUCUGGGGCAAAUCAAACAACGAGUGGGAAUUCCAAGGAACCAUCUUCAACUCGGCCGAAAAGGGUAUGGAUGUGCUUAUGCAAGAUCUAUUUGUUUUCGCCGAGGCCCUUGACUAUCCAGCUGAAGUUGUCGAAGCUGUGCUUAAACGCCAUGGAGUCAAGCUGGGCCAAAAGUCGAUCCUGGUUUCGAAUGGUGGGAAGAAGUUCCGGGUUUAUUUCCAAGUCGAGCGUUUCAAUGACCGAAGAAUUUGCUUGGGGCCUCACUUUAAAGUCAAGGUAUCGAGGGUGCAGCUGAACUAG